AGCACAGAUAACUCCGGGCUAUUGAGUCUCACUGGCAAAGUUAGGUUGACCUUAUUUGGGUUAAUUUUAUUUACUUUCAGCAUGUGUGUGAGGAAGUGGUGCACACAUGUCUCUACCACAACCCAUGAUAGAUGAAGAACAGCCUCUACAGCAGGGGGACCUCCUGCUGAAAAAUUCAUACCAAGAGAAGCUCCCGAGCGAGACAGAAGCCACCAAAGAGGGUCUGCAUGCCAGGGGCCAGUGGGCUAGUAAAACCGAGUUCAUCCUGGCUGUAUUAGGUCAGAUCAUUGGCCUGGGCAACAUCUGGAGGUUCCCUUACCUCUGCUACAAAAAUGGAGGAGGUGUGUUCUUUGUGCCAUACUUGUUGUUCCUGGUGUUGUGUGGCAUCCCUCUGUUCCUCUUGGAGAUCUCACUUGGACAGUACACCGGCUUGGGGGGAGUCAGCGCCUGGAGGAACAUCUGCCCAUUAUUUGGAGGUCUGGGCUAUGCCAGUCUAGUGAUGAACCUGCACAGUUGCGUGUAUUACAUCGUGAUCCUGGCAUGGGCUGUCUUCUAUCUGUCAUACAGCUUCCAGGCUGAGCUGCCCUGGUCUCACUGCAACAACACGUGGAACACUGAAGCUUGUUACCUGUUUGAUCACCACAACCAGACAGCCAAUGGGAGCAGCCUGCCUGAAAACGCUACUUCCCCUGUCAUGGAGUUUUGGGAGCGGGAAGUUCUCCAUCUGUCCAGCACUUUAGAUGAGCUCGGACCAAUCAGCUGGAAGCUGGCCCUGUGCCUAGCUCUUGUCUGGAUCAUCUGUUACUUCUGUAUUUGGAAGGGGGUGAAAUCUACUGGAAAGGUGGUGUACCUGACUGCUACUUUCCCAUAUGUUAUGCUAUUUGUGCUACUCGUGCGUGGUGCUACAUUGCCUGGAGCGAUGCAGGGUAUCAUCUACUACCUUAAACCCGACCACACCCGCCUGGCUGACCCACAGGUAUGGAUGGAUGCAGGAACGCAGAUAUUUUUCUCAUAUGCAGUCUGUGUGGGGAGCCUCACAGCACUGGGCAGUUACAACAAAUACAACAAUGAUUGCUAUAAGGACUCCAUCUUGCUGUGCCUCCUGAACAGCAGCACUAGUUUUGUGGCGGGUUUUGCCAUCUUCUCUGUGUUGGGCUUCAUGGCCAAGGAACAGGGCGUGGACAUCGCCACUGUGGCCCAGUCAGGGCCUGGCCUUGCCUUCAUCGCCUACCCCAGAGCUGUAGCCAUGAUGCCUUUACCUCAGGUCUGGGCUGUCUGCUUCUUCCUCAUGAUCAUCAUGCUGGGUUUGGACUCAGUGUUUGUGUGUCUGGAGGCCCUGAUGACGUCUCUGACAGACUUGUACCCGCAGCUGAUCAGACGAGGUCACCGCAGAGAGCUGCUGCUGCUGUUUAUCUGCCUUGGCUGCUUCCUCAUAGGCCUGGUCAUGGUCACACCGGGUGGUCUGUAUGUCUUUCAGAUCUAUGACCGUUUCUCCUACAGUGGAGUCAGCCUGCUUCUGGUCUCUAUCUUCCAGUCUCUGGCCAUCGGCUGGGUCUAUGGAGCCGAGCGGUUCAGUGAUAACAUUAGGGACAUGAGUGGCGACAGACCCAUGACUGUCUUCAAACUGUGCUGGAAAUACUUCACCCCGGCUGUGUGCACUGCUACCUUUGUGUUUUAUUUAGUACGUUGGGCUCCACUGAAACUGGGGAAAGGUCUGGUGACUCCAGUUUGGGCCACAACCCUGGGUUGGCUCCUUACAAUCUCCUCCGUCUCCCUGCUUCCCAUCUGGGCCAUCUACGCCCUGGCCACCACCCCGGGAACUCUGAUCCAGCGCUUCCAUCAUCUGUGUACUCCGGCUGUAAACUCAUCACGGGCCCACUGUCAUUUCCCAAGCAACAACUCGGACAUCCUUGACACGCCUGCACUGCCCAUGACGGAGAAACUAAAGCAGCAAUGCUCAUCGGGAUCAUGUGACCUAAUUAUGGUCACUGACCAGGCAAUGAUCGAGUCUGCUCAGCGUGUGGGGCAAUGGGGUGGAGCAAAUUUAGCGUUAUAGCUGCUGGGUACUACUUUAGGUGGUGGAUCCUUCAAGCUCCAAAUUUUUGGACAAAGUCAGAUUAAUUUAUAUUGUACCUUUCAAAGAGCAUUUUCCUGAUACAAAUGAAAUGCUGCUGUAAACGUUUAAAGUUUGCUAAACAUGAAAUGCCAAAUAUAUUUUAGCUGCAGGAUUUAGAUAGAUUUUACAAUAUGUGACCUUUUAAAAGAUGCAUAUGCUUGGAGAAACACUGCACAAGGACCAUUUGAACAUGUGAUCAUUCAUCAUACGCGCAGCAGGUGGAUAGCUUAAACCUCAGCGACGUAAACAGGAAGUGCCAAAGAAUAAACACUCCCAUGACCACCAGCCCUACACACAUUAAAUAAAUGU